GCUCAGCGGCCGCCACUUCCAACUCCGCGCGCCGCCUCCUCCAGCUUCGUAGCCGCCGCCUCCAGCUCCUCACGCCGUCGUCUCGAGCUUCGCGGCCGCCGCCUACAACUCCAAAACCCCUGCUCCUCUAUCGAUCUGAGGAAGUAAAAGUGUGGAAGAAAAAACUUGUGGGAUAGCUGUGGUUGAGGUCAUCUUCUACUUCUUCUUCUGUUUGCAGAUUAGGUUUACACCCAUUUUUUAUCUUAUCUUCUCACAAUCUUAUCAUCUAUAUUAUGGAUAAGAGCUGGAUACGCGAAUCAAGGGUUAGUGAAAAAUAUCUUCAAGGAGUUUCAAACUUUCUCGAUUUUGCAUUUUUGAAUGCAAUGCAAGAAGGGUUAAUCCUUUGCCCUUGUAAUAAAUGUACAAAUCGCUAUUGGCAAGAUAGAGAAACCGUUCUAGAUCAUUUGAUUUGUGAUGGCUUUUCAAAUGAUUAUACAAAUUGGAUCUAUCAUGGAGAAAAUGUUAAUUUGUUCUCCUCUAUGCACGAUUUUGAUAACACUGAUGUGCAUGAUGAUAUGCAUGGCAUGCUUAAUGAAGCUUUUGGUAUUUUUCAUGAACCUGAUGAAAACAUUGCGCAACGAGAACAUAUGUCUAAUGAAGAACCUAAUGAGGAGGCCAAAAAAUUUUACAAAUUAGUUGACGAUUCAGAGCAGGAGUUAUACCCUGGUUGUAAAAAGUUCUCAAAACUCUCAUUUAUUGUUAGAUUAUUUCAUUUGAAGUGUCUUAAUGGGUGGACAAAUAGUUCAUUCACGGCGCUACUUACUCUAAUUAAAGAGGCACUUCCUGCUGGUGAAACUCUCCCAAAUUCAUUUUAUGAAGCAAAAAAGAUCAUCGAUGACUUAGGUCUACGGUACAAGAAAAUCGAUGCUUGCCCAAAUGACUGUCAGUUGUACUAUAAGGGGACUUCUACUGCAAGUUCAUGCAAUACUUGUGGUGCUUCUAGGUGGAAAACUACUGAUAAUAAUGUAAAGUGUGACACAUCGACCUCUAAGAAAGUUGGCAAAAAAAUUUCAGCCAAGGUUGUGUGGCACUUUCCUUUAAAACCAAGACUACAGAGAUUGUUUAUGUCAUCAAAAACUGCUUCACUUAUGAGAUGGCAUCAUGAUGGUCGAACAAAGGAUGGAAUAAUGCGACAUCCCGCUGACUCCCCAGCAUGGAAAACAUUUGACUUUGAGCACCCAGAAUUUUCUUCAGAACUUCGUAAUGUGAGACUCGGCCUAGCAAGUGAUGGUUUCAACCCGUUUCGAACAAUGAGUACAGCACAUAGCACAUGGCCAGUUAUUUUGAUACCAUAUAAUUUACCACCAUGGCUGUGUAUGAAACAACCGUUUAUUUUUUUGUCCUUACUUAUUCCAGGACCAACAGCGCCAGGUAAUAAUAUUGAUGUGUAUUUAGAACCAUUAAUUGAUGAGUUGAAGGAUCUUUGGCUUGAUGGAUUGAAUACUUAUGAUGCAUCAAUGAAGCAAAACUUUCAAAUGCGUGCUGCAUUAUUGUGGACUAUUAGCGAUUUUCCAGGGUAUGCUAAUUUGUCAGGAUGGAGCACUAAAGGGCGUUUGGCAUGUCCUUCUUGCAAUGUUGAUACUGAAUCUCGCUACUUAAAGCAUGGUCGAAAAUUUUGCUAUAUGGGCCAUCGUCGAUAUUUAGAAACAAACCACAAAUUUCGACGGGAUAAGAUUUCUUUUGAUGGGAGCCAAGAACUUAGAGAUGCACCUGUUCCAUUAUCUGGCUCGAUGGUCUUGCAGCAAUUACAGAAUGUUGAAAACAAAUUUGGCAAGUUAGAAAAGAGAAAGCGAGGAAAGGAUGUUAAUUUACCACACAAUUGGAAGAAAAGAAGUAUAUUCUUCUCUUUGCCUUAUUGGGAGAGCAUUCUUAUACGUCAUAAUUUAGAUGCCAUGCAUAUUGAGAAAAAUGUUUUCGAUAAUUUACUUUGGACAUUAUUAAAUGAAGAUGGUAAAACAAAGGACAAUAUAAAAGCUCGUCGUGACUUGGAAGUUAUGGGUAUUAGAGACUCACUCCAUUUAAAACAAAAUGGAAGCAAAACCAUAGUUCCUCCUGCAUGCUUCGUGCUUUCUAAGCAAGAAAAGAAUAUUUUCUUCAAACUACUAAAAUCAGUUAAAUAUCCAGAUGGAUAUGCAGCAAACAUUUCAAGUUGUGUGCAUGUAAAAGAUCGAAAAAUUAUCGGACUAAAAAGUCAUGACAGUCACAUUUUUUUACAACAAUUGCUUCCUAUAGCAUUAAGGAGUGUUCUGACAAAGAAUGUAAGCUCGCCGCUUAUGGAAGUAAGUAGGUUNAACUUUGUAUUUGUGGCGGGUCUGAAACAUAUCGACAUAAUAAAAGGGAUGAAGCGCCGAAUGCGGCCAAGGGAAAUAGAGCGAAUUCAUAGUGAGACAUUUCAUGACUGGUUUAAAGAUCAUGUUAGUAAAGCAGUUGAUGAAAAGAAUGAAAUUUUGCCGGAGGAUAUUAUCUCGCUAGCUCGUGGCCCUUAUAAAGCUGCACGAAGAUACCAAGGUUAUAUUGUCAAUGGAUUUAGAUUCCACAUCAGAGACCGUGAAAUUAAUAGAAGAACUCAAAAUAGUGGAGUUGUUGUCACUGCUCGUACAUCUAGUUAUGCUAGCGCCAAAGACAAAAAUCCUAUUGCUGGAGAUAUAAUAUACUAUGGAAUUCUCACGGACAUAAUUGAAUUAAAUUAUUAUGAGCAUUUUAAAGUGGUGUUAUUUAAAUGUGACUGGGCGGAUGUGCAUUCUCAAGGUAGAGGAGUAAAAACAGAUGAUUUUGGGUUCACGUUGGUAAAUUUCAACCGACUAUUAUUUAAAGGCCACGAACUCUCUGAUGAACCUUUUACCUUAGCCUCGCAAGCGAAGCAAGUCUUCUAUGUACAAGAUCCUAUUGACAAAGAUUGGCAGAUUGUCAUUCAUACAAAACCAAGAGAUUUAUUUGAGAAUAUGAUGAAAUUCAAUAGAUUAUAG